AUGAGGAAGUCAUUCUGUUUUGUAAUUCUAUCUACGGCAGAGGGAGUGGCGUUCAGUGAGUGCACAUCGGAGGACGAGGCAAUCGAGUGGCUGCGCCAACGUAUUGAGUCGAACGAGAAGAUCGACAAGAACAUUAUUUCGAUUGCAGUUCAGCGUUCUUGGUGGUCGGCUGCUGAACACAUUGUAAAUGUUGCACAAGAGCAGAAAAUCGAUAUUUCUUCUGCGUUUUCUCGAUCGGCUGCCAUUAUCAGAUCCAAUCUUCAGAAAAUACAGAAUAUGAUCAAUAACAACAAGAAUGACUGGGCAGUGAUUAGUCCCGCUUUCCAGUGGGCUCAGGGAAUGAAUGAUAUCAAUGUGAAUAUUAAAUACGCUCACAAAUGGGACACUCCUGCCACGCUCGGUUGCCAUGUUGCCAACAUCACGUUCUCUGAGCGAUCCGUGUAUGUGGAGUCCAAAUGUCCUUCGACCAAGAAGAAGUUCGUGCUGAAUCUGGCGCUGCGCAAGGAGCUGAAUCCAGAAGAAUCGCGUUGGAACGACGCCUCGGUGGGUCGCGUAGUGCUCAUGAUGAAGAAGAAGGAGCGUGGACACUGGGAGAACAUUUUAGCGGUAGGGGCGGGACUGGAACUCGAUGGUAGAAGAACGAGAAGGCGCCUCGCAAUAUGCACACUUGGUGGUCGAUGA